GUGAUACAUAUAAAAACUAAAAAAGUCAAACAAUAGCAAUAAUUUGGCUUUCGUGUAUAAAAUAACGGAAAAGUGAUAAAUUCAGAAGUUUAUCUUAUUGAUUGCGUUAAAAUUUAGAUGAAAUGUGCAUAAUUUAUAUUUUAAAUACAGUUGGCUGUGCCUAAAAUAUUUUUUUUCCCAAUUUCCGAAUAUAACCUCUAAAUUAGCGACCUUUUCUUGUUAGUGGUUUACAAUGGCUUUGCAACUGUCCCGACGGGAGGUGGACGAUCUCCGGUCGUCUCUGGACCGCGCCAUUUACCGCACCAUCGGCAAAUCAGACAGCUCAUUGUUAUCCACCGUAUCUUCUUGUCUCAGCAAUGGAUAUGAACGGAGAAAGAUCAUUGACAAAAUAUCAUCACACAUAGACUCAAAGAAGGCAAGCAAACUAGCAGACAAAAUUAUAGCUCUAGCACAAGAGCUGGUAUCUAGCUCAAAAUCUUCAUCGCAGAAACGCAAACAUGAGAGCAGUUCUAGGGAUAAAGACAAAGAUGUUAAGAAGUCUCGGUCAGAUCGAGACAGGCAUGAGACAAAAUAUGAUGAUGAGAAAGACUCGAAGUCUGAUUCAAAACCCAAAGAGUCUAAAAGUGAUGAGCAAAAUGGGGCUAAAGUGGAAAGGAAAAGUGGGUUUUCGAGUAACGGAGUUGAUGUGCCCCCAGCAUUGGCAGAAGGGGAGAGUAUUGGAUCGAAAAUUGCUGGCUUGAGUGCAGACAGAAUUAAGUUGAUGAUGGCAAAUGCUCAAAAGGAAAUCGAGGAACGUAAGAAAGCUUUAAUGACAAUGAAAGGUGAGGACAAAUCCGAGGCGGUGAGCUUAGCUGUAGCGACCGCGCAGAUCAAAGCUCAGGGCUCCGUGCCAGGUCUGACCAAACCAGGUCUCUUCUCUAAGCCAGAUUUGAUAAGAGACGCGACGUCGUCAGCCAGUCGAGAGGAGCUGGAGAAACAGAGGAAGAUCGCGGAGCUGCAGGCCCGGAUACAGAGGAAACUGGCCGGUGGCGCCCUCCAAUCAGCCGGGGCGACCGGGCCGGCGCCGCUGAUCCUCGACCGCGAGGGGCGCACCAUCGACACUAGCGGGAAGCAGGUGCAGCUCACGCAUGUCGUGCCCACGCUUAAGGCGAACAUCCGCGCAAAGCGCCGCGAGGAGUUCAAGGCCCAACUCUCAUCCGCGUCCACAUCCGAGGCGGCGUCCGAGGGGCGCUGGGUGGACGCGCGCGUGCAGUGCAAGCCCCCGGCGCGGACCAAGCGCGCGCUGCGCUUCCACGAGCCGGGCAAGUUCCGGCAGAUGGCGGAGCGGUUGAGGAUGAAGGCGCAACUGGAGAAGCUGCAGUCAGAGAUAUCUCAGAUCGCGCGCAAGACGGGCAUCUCGUCGGCCACCAAGCUCGCGCUGCUGGCGGCCGACACGCCUGAUGCUGAGGAGAUACCGGAUAUUGAGUGGUGGGACAGCGUAAUCCUGCUAACACCUGAAGAGCGGGAAGCGAAACGCAACGCCAACAAAUCCGCCGAUCAGUCGGACGACCGCUCCGACGACCAGCGGGUGGACGCGUGUAAUACUGGUGAUGACGAUAUAUUGGACAACUUGAAUGAGGAAGCCAUUACUGACCUGGUGGAGCAUCCGCAGCAGUUGAGGCCAGCUACCGAGCCCCUCAAGCCCACCUACAUGCCGGUAUUCCUCACGAAGAAGGAGCGCAAGAAGCUGCGGCGCCAGAGCCGGCGCGAGGCGUGGAAGGAGGAGCAGGAGAAGGUCAGACUGGGGCUGGAGGCACCCCCGGAACCUAAACUCAGGAUAUCGAACCUCAUGCGGGCGCUAGGCACGGAGGCCGUGCAGGACCCCACGGCGAUCGAGGCGAAGGUCCGGGAGCAGAUCGCCAAGCGACAGAAGACGCACCUCGACGCCAACCAGGCCAGGGCACUUACUGCCGAACAGAAGAAGGAAAAGGUUGACAGAAAAAUACGAGAAGACACCACUAUGGGAGUGCACGUGGCUGUUUACAGGAUAAAAGACCUAUUCGAGUGUGCAUCGGCUAAAUUCAAAGUGGAGCGCAACGCGAACCAACUUCACAUGACGGGGUGUGUGCUGCUGCACCGCGGCUGUUGCGUGGUGGCCGUGGAGGGCGGGCCUAAACAACACGCUAAAUACAAGCGAUUAAUGCUGCACAGAAUAAAGUGGGAGGAAGACAAAGUGAAAGACGCGGACGGGAACGAAGUCCCCAACGAGUGCCGGCUGGUGUGGGAGGGGGUGGUGCAACAGCGAGCCUUCCAGGAGAUCAAGUUCAAGGUAGUACCAACGGAAAAGCAAGCCCGGGAACACUUCCAGAAGCAUAAUGUUGAGCAUUAUUGGGACUUGGCAUACAGCGCUGCGGUCCUAGGCUCGGGCCUCGACGAACCAUAGACAAUAUAGACCACAGGCUGAGUCUGACUGCGGUCGAAAUAGUUCGCACUACUAAAACUAGAUGGCGAUGUCGCGAUUUGGUCUCCUACCAGAGUUUUAUUCGUAGUCUGUACAAAAAGUAUACUGUAAUUUUAUUUGUAUAAUGUUGGAAGAAUAAACUGUUUCGAAGUG